GAUUUUCUCUUAUCUCCGACUUAACAAACAAACAAACAUGUUUGGUUCUUCGAGAUCUGGGGGCGUACGAGGGGGCCAAGACCAAUUCAACUGGAAUGACGUGAAAGUUGAUAAACACAGAGAAAAUUAUCUUGGAAACUCUUUGAUGGCACCAGUAGGACGAUGGCAGAAAAACAAAGAUCUGACAUGGUAUGCAAAAGACAAAAAAGGUGGUGCAGCUUUUACAAAGGAUGAUGAACUUGCUGCUGUCAGGGCAGCAGAAGAAGAGGCAAUGAUGGCUGCCCUGGGGCACAAGAAUAUAAAGAGACAGCCAACUGGUUUGACCAAAGAGGACCUAGUAGAGGUGUGCAGGAGGGAAGAAGCUGAUGGUGAAGAGAGGAAUGUGGAUCGUAUAUCAGGCUUGGGCAGCUCCAGUGCAGGGUCACGAAAGAUGAUUCUGUCCCAGAAAGAAAAAGAGGUGGCUAAAAUGGGCCUGCCAGUUUUUACACACCACAAGACAGAGGGUCAUCCAGAAACCUCCGCAGCAACAUCGUCUGAGAGGGUUGAAAAACAAGAGGUGGAACAAAGGCAUGAGAGCAAAAGGAAAAAGAAAGAGAAAAAGAGCAAAAAGGAAAAGAAAAAGAAGGAAAAAAAGAAGAAAAGGAAAAGAGAUUCAUCCUCCUCUGAGUCGGAUGACAACAAAAAAAGGCACAGAAAGGAGCAUCAUCAUCAUAAUCCAUCAUACCAUAGUCAGAGUGGAGCCAGACCCCAUGACAGCCAUUCAAGGGGGGGAGCAAAGGCCGAGCGGCAGCCUUCCCACCCCCAUCAACGACAGCAAAGGCAUGACACAGACUCCUCUGAUGGGGGGUCUCCUACUCGUAGUAACCCUGCCAUCCACAAGAAGGCCCCUGCUGGUGCCACACAAAGCCACAGGCGGCGCCACGACACAGAUUCGGACGACUAAUGUCCUUCUCCCCCCAAUCAAUUCAGAGCUGCAUUAUGCGGACAGAGCACUCUACUGCAGCCUGACCAGCCAUGAGGGCCUCAAUUGCCCUGGACAGCCAGGCGGACUGUGGCUGGCGAGAAGGCAGUGGGACAGGUUUUAGGCUCAUGUAUCAACUAAUUCACACAAUAAGUUGGUCAUUCGAUAUUAACAUCGGUGUAUAUUGCGCUAUUUGGGGUUUUCUGUGACCAGUCUUGUUUUAUGAUUAAAUCUAAAAUUACCACAUUCAUCAUGUAAUUUUUUUUUAUCAUAUUGAUUUAAAAGAUGAGGUAUCUUGCAGAGUUAAUGGAUUGAUUAUAUUCUCAAAUGCUAGUCCCCAGUGACGGUUAUUGAUCUGACAAGGUCUUCUUGCUAAACAAGAAGACCUUGCUUUUUGUAUGCCCUACGAUUUUUACUGAAAGUCACACAUUUUACGCCAAGUGAUCACGACUCCUUAUAUGACAUAGCUAAUUAAAGGUUUACAGUUAUGUGUACAGUUCCCAAUUUUCCAUUGUAGAAAAAUCACUAGAUUGUAUUUAUAGUCGAUGAACUGUUUCUUUUAGGUUUUUGUUGAAAAACACCCGAAAUACACUACUUGUUGCCUUUUUCAUCUUUGCACAUCUUCUAUCCCACUGUACCCCUUGCACUUCUCACCACCUCAGGUCAUUUUCUUUUCUCAGUCAUACCAGCUCUCCUUAAUCCUUCAUCAGUCAAGGUUCAGCUCCCUGACUGCUGUGAUACCAUUGGAAUGCUCUCCACCGGUUGUAAUAGAGUGCAGUGUUUGCAUUUGCCUUGAAUUGGUCUGAAAGAGGGGAUUCUGCAGGCUGGCACCUGGGGGGUAUACAAAGAAAAGGCGCAAAGCAUUCAUAGAGUGCAAAACACCAGACUGGUUCUUUUUUAUAUGGCCGGGUACUAUUAGCCCGCCACACACAAACCAAGCUGAUGAAGCAGCAGGAGUGGAGGUCAGACAAAGCCACCCUAUGAGGUGCCCAACACUCAAACUACCUCGGCUUCUACUGCUACCAUACUCUCCUGCCAUGUUUUAUAGGCUUGGCUGCAUUAGCCAAAGCAUCCUAAUCAACCUGUAGGAAUGCCGUCCUAACGGAGUGGAGCAGGGUGUGCUGUCCACGUAACUGUUUUAACCUCUGCGCUGGGUGGUUUCACCACUUUAGGGUAUCAUUUCUUCCUGGGUCAUUUAAUGUAAAGUUGCAUUUAUUAGGCCUAUUUCUUGAUUUCUUUAAGUCUAAUCAUUACUCUUAAGUUUAAACAUUUCAUUUGGAUUGUAAAUAACAUUUUAGAUUAAAAACUGAGUUUUUUUUUUAUGGACCACAUUAAACAAUUUUAUCUAAAUGCUGGUUAAGUUGGGUUAUCCAGCCAUUACAUCGUUGUUUUAUGUUGUUUUAUCUAAUUUUAGAACCUUAAACUGGAGGACACAACCAUCAUUAAACCUGUUAAAAUUAAUUUGUAAAUCAGAGUGUACACAAUAAAAACUAGUUCUCAAAAGAUUUUCUAUCCAAUCACUUUAAUUGAAGUGUCCCCCUCCCCCAAACACAAAUCAAAAGCUUUACAGAAACAGUGACAAACGUAUUAUUGCAACAUACAGGCAAACAUAUUCAAAUGCACCGGCAACAAGUAACACCCACACCUUUUAGAAAUAAAUCCCAGAAAAAUAGAGGCAAUGUAGUCUGGAUAAAAAGGCAUUUGAAUGGCCUCAUGUUUACACUAUAGAUGAUGGCACUUAAAGAUAGUUGAUUUUGGUAUUGCUAUCAAAAUGAUAUUUCCCACAUCGAGUUGAAUAAUAAGUUAGAAAUUGCUUAGAGGCUUUAGCAAAAAAAAAAAAAAAAACGUCAGUUACCUCUCACAGUACACAGAAAAAAAAACAGUGUAAAGCUACAGAAAUAAGUACUCAGUGGGGUAAUGGUUCCUCGGCUGCCUGAUGAUGUAAAAACCCAGAAGUGAUACAUGCCCUUAAAGACCAACAGAUGACACCAUGGAGUAUUGCAAAGGCAACACAUGAUCAACCUGAGAUUUGAAAAUACAAAAAAAAAAAAAUCCAAUUCACUGUCCAUUCAACUGCAGUAGAUCAGGUAGGUGUGUGGCCACUGCAGCAUUUCAAUUCACUGCAACAUAUUCUAUAACAAUAGCUAAAGUGUUCACAGACAGGAGUGAUGUCAGCAAAGACAAUUAAACCCAGUGCACCAAAUGUACAUUUCAGGGUUGUUACUAGUUACUGGUAAGUCACCGUAGUAGCUGCUAGUAGUGCAUCAGUGUAUAAUUGUUUUUUUUUU